AUGAAGGAUAGCUUCACUCCGCUCAAAGAAGAAUGCUCAGAUGGGCCUGCGGCAGGACGAGGCGAUUGGUUCAGAAAUGAAGAUGUGAGGCCGGUUAAGCAAACAGCCCCAGUUCAACUGAAGAUGAGAGAGCAGCGGUUGCGAUGGUUCGCUGAAGUGACGGCAGUAGAUGCCAUAGAUAGAAUGAAAACGCAGGAUUACGCUAGAGAGAAGAAAGAGAAGAAGUUAGGAUGUUCUACGAAAUGUUCUUGA